AUGUCUACUCAAAGCCCUGAAGCACGACCUGUACAGGUUGAUCAACCAACUAUUGAACAUUUGCAGCAGCAUCCUGAAAUCCAUCCGGAACCUGUUCAAGCCAAGGAGGGGAUUCCAUUAGAUGUAGAAGAACCUGCCACUUCUCCUGAGCAAGCAGCCACUGAAGCUGAACCAACAGCCGAAAAGGAAACUGAGCAAGCAAAGGAAGAGACUCCAGAGGAAGCCAAUGAACCCAAAGAAAAUCCUGCUGAAAAAAAGGAUAAGACAGAGAAGGACGCCGCAGCCAACGAAACGAAUCCCACCGAGUACCUCUCCGGAGGUUACUUGUACUGCCGUUCAAACGGUCUUAUUCCCCAUGUUAUAAAAAGAUACUUUUUCAUCAAGGACACUCCGAUGCCUUUAGAGAAUCUUAAUUAUUACUAUAAGAAACACUUCCAAGGUUCUCUCAAUAAGCAACCUGAAGAUGAUCCUUCCCUGAGUUCUGAGCAAGUGAACGAGUCUUCUUCUAAUUCUCAAAGCUUAUAUGUGGAUAGAAUCGCCAAAGCUGUGGAAGGAUGCAAGGGAUUGCUUUUCUACUCAAAAUCUCAAUGCACCAGUGUCCCAAGUGGUAUUAUUUCUUUGUUGGAUGUCGAUAAAGUGGAAGCCGGUAACGGAAACAAGUUUUUGUUGUCUUUCGAGAACGGAAAAAAUGAAACAUUGGAGGCAUCGACCGCUGAAAGUCGAGAUGCUUGGAUUAAAGACCUCAACACUAUUGUUUCCCAAAAGCAAGAAAUUAAGGAGAAGCUCGAGGGUUCAAGUACCUAUAGUGAAUCCUUGAAUAAGCUAAACAAGAUCGCAAACAAUUCUGGGAUCAGUACUUUGGAAACUUUGCGCUCUAUUAUCCCAUCCUUCAGGGGAAAGCCUUCUAAAGAGGAAUCACCUCCAUCUGAAGCUGCGGAUAAGGGCGAACCUACGAGUCCUAAAGACAAUGUAAUUGAAUUCUUUCAUCAUCUCUUGAAAGGAAAAGACCAUGAGAAGACCCAAGAAGAGAAACCCGAAGAAACAGUUGCCGAUGAUGCUGCCAACGCUGCAGCAGCAGAAGAAUCAACUGAGGCUCCUGCAGAAACUGUCGACCAACAACCUGAAACUACAGAGCAAGCUGUUCCAGAAGCCCACGAGAAUGUUCAAGAGAGUCCAAACAAGAAGCGUGGAUUCGGUUUACUCUCAUACUCCAAAUCGUGGAAGACUCCCAAGGUCCCGAAAAGUGCGAAGUCUGAGAAAUCAGUACAGACCGAAAAAGGAGGCAAGGCAGAUCAAUCCUUUGAGCAUACGAAGGCAAAACUUGAGUACUUACCUACCUCACUUUCUCGUAAGCUUACCGAGUUUGUGCACAAGAAAAAGCAAGACAAAUCUGCUGAACCUGAAGCAGUAUCUCCCACUACUGACAAUGCGGAUGUGAAACCGGAAGAACCACAAACUCAAACGAGCACUCCUGUGGUAAAGACAGCAAAUGAAAAUACCUCUACGACUAAGGAUCUUAACGAGCUAACUCUUGCUGAACAAAGCACUCCAAGUGUCGUAGCAACGGAACCUAAUCAUGAACCCGUCGUACCAGAAAUUGCUGCCUAA